AUGGCGGCACCGUUCAGUUUCUCUGUCCGGAGCAUCCUGGACCUGCCGGAGGAGGCGCGGCGCUCCUCCCAGGGCUACUCCUCCUGCUCCUCCACCUGCUCCUGGACCCGCUGCGCCCGGAGUCCGUGUGCGUCUCCUCAUGAGGCUCACCUGGAACCCUCCCCGGACUCCACCAAGCCGGACGAGCCCCCCACGGACGCAGGACCCGGGCGGGGCCGGAAGAGCAAGAAGCGUCGCGUGCUGUUCUCCAAGGCGCAGACCCUGGAGCUGGAGCGCCGGUUCCGGCUGCAGCGGUACCUGUCCGGUCCGGAGCGGGAGCAGCUGGCCCGGAUCCUCAGCCUCACCCCCACCCAGGUCAAGAUCUGGUUCCAGAACCACCGCUACAAGAUGAAGAGGGGCCGGGGGGAGGGCGCGCUGCAGGAGCCGGACCCCCCGCAGCCCCCGCUGCUGCUGCGCAGGGUCGUGGUUCCGAUCCUGGUCCGGGACGGGAAACCUUUCCACACCUGCGUGCUGGAGCCACACAAAGUGUCUCCGUCCCCCCCGGCGCACCUCCCCCUGCCCCCCCGCUGCCAGCACCUCCCGGCCUCCCGAACCGCCUGGACGGACUUUUGGAGCGACUCGGUUCGGUUCGGACCGUUCAAGUGA